AGGAAGUUUACGACACCGCUUGAUGUUUACACAUGUUUCUGCUUUCACGUGGAGAAGCUUUUUGCAAUUAUCAUGUCUUCAAAGAAAAAUAAAAGCAAAACAAAAAAAGCGAGUGAAGGAGAUAGCUCCUUCUCAUUGAAAGAGGGCCUAAAUGACUCUUCAAGCCUGCAAACAUCUCGCACCGACGGAGGAAGCUGCAAAAGUUUGAACUGCAACUCUUUCACUGUCAUCGACUUCAUUGAAAAAGCUGAUGACAAAACACCCAAAAGCUGCAGAUCAACUUUAGCCCAACUCAGCCUCAACUCAAUGAAAUCAGCCAGCGCAUGCAUCGGGAGGCCCGUGCUGCUGACGAGUACCACAGGACAACAGGAGGUAUGCUUGGCCUGGCCAGUCGCCUCCUUUCCAGGUGGAAAAGUUGGCCUGCAGAAGUGUGCUCAGAACAACCUGAGAGUAAAGACAGGGGAUGAGUUGAUGCUUCACCCAAUAACAGGUCCCUUGCUUCAGGCUGAAGAGGUGGUUCUCUCUAACAGGUCAAAAGAUGAAACACUAGAAACAGAUGAAUUCAAGGAUUUCUUCCUGAGAUCUCUGGCUGGGAACAUUGUUCUGCCUGGGAACGUCGUUUCCUUGAGUUAUUUUGGCCGCUCUUGCAGCCUUCGGGUUGAAACCAUAAAAGGGGAGGAUGGCGUCACCCUCCAGAGACCAGCUCCUCUCCUGGGAGCGAGUCCUGAAACUGAAGAGUCCUCUGUGAUGAAUGACUCCACAUCAGCUGAACUCUCCCUGCAGCUCAGCAUGCUGUCUGUUGAUGACAACCACGAUGCAACAACAGACACACCUAGAGAGCUCGGUCCUGCAGCCAGCACUCCAUGCCGACAAGCCCAGCCUCUUUCCCUUUCCUCGCAGCCUGUAGCUCCUUCCCACAACUCCCUGAAUCCUUCAGCAGGUUUAGUAGACACUGCUGUGAGUCCGGAGAGCUCACUCAUCUUAGAGCAGGCAGAGAAAAGCUCAUCAGCACCUCCUGCUGGUGCUUUGAGUACUGACACCUUCUACUGCCUGUCAUGCUCCACUAAAGUUAGAUUUAAAAGCAGAGUAGGCCAAACAGAUCCAGAUGCAGAAGCUAAGGGGUCAAAGGUCACGUAUAGCAUGAUUGGUGGACUCAGUAGUCAGCUGGAUGUCAUCAAAGAGACCAUCGAACUUCCACUGAAACAUCCUGAGCUGUUUUCCAAAUAUGGGAUCCCACCUCCAAGAGGAGUUCUUCUGUAUGGUCCCCCGGGGACAGGAAAAACUAUGAUUGGACGAGCCAUAGCCAGUGAAGUUGGAGCCCACAUGACGGUGAUAAAUGGCCCAGAAAUCAUGAGCAAAUUUUACGGUGAAACAGAAGCAAGACUGAGACAAAUAUUCACAGAAGCGUCUCAGAGGCAGCCUGCGAUCAUCUUCAUUGACGAGCUGGAUGCUUUGUGCCCAAAGCGAGAGGGAGCUCAGAAUGAGGUGGAGAAACGAGUUGUUGCCUCUCUUCUGACUCUGAUGGAUGGGAUUGGUUCAGAGGGUCACUCAGGUCAGCUGCUGGUCCUUGGGGCCACAAACCGACCCCAAGCCAUUGAUCCUGCUCUGCGCAGGCCGGGACGCUUUGACAAAGAGCUGGAGGUCGGAGUUCCUGGUGCUGCAGAGCGGGCAGAUAUUUUGCAGAAGCAGCUGAAAUGCGUGCCGUGCAGCGCCACCGAGGAGGAGCUGACGCAGCUGGCAGACGCCGCUCACGGUUACGUAGGAGCAGAUCUCGCAGCUGUUGGCAAAGAAGCGGGUUUGCACGCACUGAGGCGAGCACUGGGAGGUUCCCAUCAACCACCGUCUGACCAGCAGCUAAUGGGGACAGUGACAGUCACUCUGCAGGACCUCCAGUGGGCCAUGUCUGUAGUGAAGCCCAGUGCCAUGAGGGAGGUUGCUAUUGAUGUCCCCAAGGUCCGCUGGUCAGAUGUGGGUGGGAUGGAAGAAGUGAAGCUAAAACUGAAGCAGGCAGUGGAGUGGCCCCUGAAGCACCCAGAGGCCUUCACCCGCAUGGGGAUCCAGCCACCUAAAGGCGUUCUUCUCUAUGGGCCUCCGGGCUGCUCGAAGACCAUGAUUGCCAAGGCUCUGGCUAAUGAAAGUGGGCUCAACUUUCUGGCUAUUAAAGGCCCAGAAUUACUGAGUAAAUAUGUUGGGGAGUCUGAACGAGCUGUGAGAGAGGUGUUUCGGAAGGCGAGGGCCGUCGCUCCCUCCAUCGUCUUCUUUGACGAGAUUGAUGCUCUCGCAAGUGAAAGAGGAAGCUCCUCUGGUUCCAGUGGUGUGGGGGACCGGGUCCUGGCUCAGCUCCUGACAGAGAUGGACGGCAUCGAGCAGCUCAGAGACGUCACCGUUCUGGCUGCCACCAACCGGCCUGACAUGAUCGAUAAGGGCUUUGGUCCUGCUGUCCUUUCAAGUGGGUUGUCUGAGUGCCCUGGUCUGGCUGGUUUUGUCCUCUCCUCUCUCAUCUCCUCGCCUGACUCCUUUUUUUCUUGCCUUCUGCCAACGGAGCCAAGACUUCAGGCUCUGAUGCGUCCAGGUCGCCUCGACCGAAUUGUCUACGUGCCGCUUCCAGAUGCGUGUACUCGAAAGGAAAUAUUUUCUCUGCAGUUUCGUAAUAUGCCUGUCGCUGAAAAUGUGUCUCUUGACCACCUGGUGACUCGGACCAACAAUUAUUCCGGAGCUGAGAUAACUGCAGUAUGUAGAGAGGCUGCCCUCCUGGCCCUGCAAGAGGACAUCAAAGCUCGGCACAUCGAAGCCAGACACUUUGAAAGUGCCCUGAACACUGUGAAGCCCCGAAUCCCUGACUCUGUCAUCCAGUCGUAUAUCAGCUAUCAGCAGCAACACAGUGGCCUGUGUUUCUUCUGACCACACAGCUAUGGAAAAAGUCAAAAUUAGGAUUUUCUGCUUCAUUACACAGUGUUAAAUGUUUUCAAACCACAACGUUAGGCCAAAGAAUCUCAUCAGUUGUAAAUCGCUGACUUUAAAAUAAGACUCUGUUUUUAUUGCAGCAUUGACACUAUUGCUUUAUUUUUUGACUUUGAAGGAUAUGGUGUGCUGUCAUGUUUGAUCAAAUAAAAAUGAUAAUGUAUUCAUA